CUAAAAGGGGAUCGAGUUAUGCCAGAGGAAAUAGCUCGCUACUAUAAACAUUAUGUAAAAGUCAUGGGUCUUCAGAAGAAUUUCAGAGAAAAUACUUACAUAACCUCUGUAUCAAGACUUUAUAGAGAUCAAGAUGAUGAUGAUAGUCAAGACGGAGAUAUUUCAACAAAGCAUUUACAGAUAGAGAAGUCAAAAUUUAUCAAGAGAAACUGGGAAAUCAGGGGUUAUCAGCGAAUAGCAGAUGGUUCUCAUGUUCCCUUCUGUCUCUUUGCUGAGAAUGUAGCUCUGGCAACUGGAACAUUGGAUUCUCCUGCACAUCUGGAAGUUGAAGGGGAAGAUUUUCCAUUUGUGUUUCAUUCAAUGCCUGAAUUUGGAGCUACUAUAAGUAAAGGAAAGUUGCGUGGCAAAGUGGAUCCAGUGUUAAUUGUAGGUUCUGGGCUUACUGCAGCUGAUGCAGUACUAUGUGCUUACAAUAAUAAUAUCCCUGUGAUUCAUGUAUUUCGCAGAAGAGUAACUGAUCCAAGCUUAAUUUUCAAACAGCUUCCCAAAAAGCUUUAUCCUGAAUAUCAUAAAGUCUAUCAUAUGAUGUGUACUCAGUCAUAUUCUGUAGACUCAAAUCUUUUAUCUGAUUAUACCAGUUUUCCUGAGCACCAUGUGCUUUCCUUUAAGUCGGACAUGAAAUGCAUUCUUCAAAGUGUCUCUGGAUUGAAGAAAAUAUUUAAGCUCUCUGCAGCAGUAGUAUUGAUAGGUUCUCAUCCUAAUCUAUCUUUUCUGAAGGAACAAGGGUGUUAUCUAGGCCAUAACUCAAACCAGCCAAUUACAUGUAAGGGUAAUCCUGUGGAAAUAGAUGCAUAUACCUAUGAGUGUGUUAAAGAAACCAGCCUUUUUGCAUUGGGUCCUUUGGUUGGAGACAAUUUUGUUAGAUUUUUGAAGGGAGGAGCACUGGGUGUUACACACUGUUUAGCUACAAGACAGAAGAAAAAGCAGCAUUUGUUUGUUGAACAAGGAGGAGGAGAUGGGAUAGCUUAAAGCAAGUUUACAGGUAAUUUAAAUGGACAGUUUACCAUUAAAGAUUUUUAAUAGUGAUUUUGCAGUGCACUGGCUUGAAUUUUCUGGACUUGAAUUAACUGGAGCAGAGCCUCAAGCUAUAGUAACUUCAUUUUUUUAAAGUUACCAGAACUUGGUGUCCUCAUUUAUAUUUUAAUGUAUCAAAGGUAUCACUGUCAGACAAAUAGAAACAUUGACAGCUAGGUAUACUUUAAGCUUUCACUUAACUGAAACAUUCUUUUCUUCCAGGAUUAAAUUUUUGUGAUCAUUUUUGGUUAUAUCUUAAGUUUGAUUCCGAAAUAUUAUAGCUUUGAGUCUAUAAAACUGCACAGUCAUUAUGCCAGAAAUUGUCCUCACUAUAUAAUGGGUUACCUUGCUACUCAAAGGAUGGUCCAGUGACCAGAAGCAUCAGUUUCAUCUGUAGCUUGUUAGAAAUGUAGACUUUCAGGCCCCACAACAUAUUUACUGAACCAGAAACUGCAUUUUAACAAGAUCCCCAAUGAAUAUGUAUGCUUGUUGAAGUUUGAGAUACACUGGUCUGAAUGAAAAGGGGAUAUAAGGUAUGUGUGCUGGGGUUGGGGUGGGGGUAAGGAGGCAUUUACAACUCAGGUUUUAUUUAUUAUAAAGUCAUCAGUUGUAUAAAUCUAAUUUAUUACCAAAUAUGAUGGUCUUUAAAAAAAUAUUUUUAUUGUUGAAACCUUGACAGGAAUGUCAAAUUAUUAACUUCUAAUAAUUUAAGCAGUCCAAUAAUGUUAGUAUAUACUUGGGCGUCUAAGAACCUGCCAAGAUAUUUUCCAGAGAUUUAUUCUCUAUUUAACCACGCAAUUCAAUAAACUGUGGAUGGAACUAUUUAUUUGCGUGUGAACAUUGACUUAAUUUCUAUCACUGAAACUAAGAUGUGGGCAUGAUAUAAGUACUUCUGAAAUUGUAAUAUUGUUUGGGUAUUGUCAGAAUUAUUAAAGGUUAAAAUUGAAAAUAAGGUUAAAAUCUUUCUUUUUCAUUUCCAAGGUGAUUAUUACUUUGAGAUCUUUAAUAGUAUUUGUUCAUUAGAGAUGACAUAGCAGCUAAUACCAUAGUUAUUUAUUGGAUUUAUCUGCUCUAAUUAUCUUGAUUUACAUUAUUUAGGUGUACUUAAUGUCUGUAUUUUCACACAAAUGGCCAGAAUUUUUAGUGUUAGGUAAAAAAAAUCUUCUGGAGUUCUCUGUGGCAAAUUGAAUUUCGAAUUUCACAGUCAUUUUCUCUUUUUGGUAUAAUUAUUUCAUCUGGAAUGUGUUCAUUGAACCUCUAUUCUAUUUUUCUUAGAAUUAACAAAAGUGGGCUAAUGCGUUAGUAUUUUUUGUUUGUUUUAUUGCAAUAUUAUGUGCUUAGUUUACUAGGAUCAUAAUUUACCUUAAAUAUAACUGUCUAGAAUAUAUUUGCUUCUGCUAGCUAAUUGCUUCAGAUGAGUUCUUAGACUCUUGAUAACUGUCAUGCCUGAUUAAGUUUAAUUUGAUUUUUAUAAACUAUGCAAUCCAGGUUUAGUUUCCUAUUAUGACGAUAACUUUUUCCAAAAUAAUAUUACACGUUAAUGAAAUGGUAUAACAUCCUCUAACUGUACUUUAUUCAGUAUUCUCUUGCUUGCCUGUUUUUGAUCUCUGAAUGAGUUGGAUUGGAUGUUUUUCUUAAUGUCACUAAAUUAAAAAUGACAGUAUUAUAAAGGUUUCUGGCAUGGA